AUGCCGCCAAAGCCCCUACCGCCCAGGCCUCGCGCUGGCCAACACCGCCGGCCCAACUUUCGAGGCCGCAUCGACGGCUUAGGCAGCCCAGCACCCAGUUCUCUGCGAGCGUCAACUCCUACGCUCGUGCGAGCACCCACGCCAGUCAGCCAGCCCCAGGCCCGCUCAAAACCCCUGUGUCCUAAUCCCGACUGUCCUGAUCGGUCAAAUGUCGUCUUUGGUGAUCAAGGACUCAUCUGCCAGAGUUGUGGUGCCCUAGUCCAAGAAGAUUCCGGCCUUGUCAGCGAGCAGGGCUUUGGCGAGACCGAGUCUGGCCGUAUCACUGCUCUUGGUGUCCAGGUUGGCGAAAACCAAACUCAUCAGAGGACCUUCCACGGAGGAGCUUUUGGGACUGCUGGCCGCGAGGCCCCGCUGAAUCGCGAACGCUCAAAAGCUCAGGCCAAAACCGUCAUGUCCUCCUACAUAAACCUUCUUGGCAUCAGACAAUCGGAGGUGGACGCGGCUGAAAGACUGUUUGAAUUGGCAAACAGCAAUAGCUUUGUCCAAGGGAGAAGCAUCGAAAGUGUCGCUGUCGUCUGUCUCUAUGUCGCUUGUCGCCGUAAAACGGAGCAAGUCGAGGGUCAACUGAGACCCUUGUACAGCUUCAUGUUGAUUGACUUCGCCGAGAAGAUGAACAUGGAUGUUUUUGCACUGGGCAGGGUGUACCAGGACCUCGUCAAAAAGCUGUUUCUGACCAAAGGAAAAGGCUUUCGACCCGAUGGCUCUGCAGAAUUCUGGGGAAUGGAUCCGGCCACGCUUGUACCCCGGUUUGUCGAAGAGUUGGAUUUCGACAAGCACGACCAGGACAAAAUCAAACGCGAUGCUAUCAACAUCGUCAAGAGAAUGAAGCGCGACUGGAUCAGCCAUGGCCGUCGACCUUCGGGCAUCUGUGGUGCUGCGGUCAUUCUGGCCGCUCGCAUGAACAAUUACCGUCGUACCACGCGCGAGGUUGUGCUGACGGCAAAAGUCACCGAAAUCACCAUCAACAAACGACUGGAAGAAUUCCACGACACACAAGCCAGUAAACUUUCGGUCACAAAAUUCAGAAACGAAGCGAUCCCGGUCCCCUAUGUCCCGCAUCCUCUCGAUGAACAGCAUCCGCCUAUCUGGAAAGAAGCACAAAAUCCGAAACCCAAGAACAAGAAGAAAGGUCGCCCUAGAAAGCGUGCUCUCGCAGAGACCGCCGCUGAGAUCGAGGACGAUGCUGCGUCUCCUGAACCCGAAGCUAACCAAGAAUCGGACGAAGGGCGACCACCGCCGGCGAAACGAGUUCGGAUUGACGCAGAAGGUUACAAGAUUCCAGAGAUCCCAGCUCGACGGACGGUCAUUGAUCCGGCUCUGACUUCUGGCGAGACACCUGCUGAAGCACAAAGCGAAGAGGCAGACGCUCUGCGAGGGGAGACGCCUGCAUCGUCACACGACGAGGACGGUCAAGAUGUCUCGAAUGCCUCGCAGCCUCCACAUCGGAAACCCAAAUCCUCGCAUUGGAGAGCACCGCCUGCAUCGGCAGCCGAAAUUGCGAUUGAGAACGAAAUUGAAGAAGGCAUCGCAGAAGCACUACGAGACAACCCGGAACUCGACCCAAACUACCGACCUCUGCCUCCAGGUGAAGAGGAAGGAUCGGUGCAACAGCUCGGUGGUGGUCAAGCUGGAGGACAGCAACCAACAGUUAUAGAUCUCACCGCUGACCCAACCCAGACUGUUCCUCCGCACCCGAGAGACAAGAAAUGUGGACCACCCGCGAACUCGACAAUUGGUAACCUUGGCUUCGUCUCCCUUUCUCCGACGCUCAAGCCUGACGAAUUCGAUUCCGAUGAAGAUGUCUCAACUUGUCUCUUGUCUGAGCAAGAAUCCCGUAUCAAAGAGAGGGUAUGGGUGACCAUGAAUGCCGACUGGCUGCGACAGGAUCAUGCGAAGAGGAUAAGGAAAGAGUUGAAGGAGGCGGACAUGAGGGCAAGGGGCUUGGACCCAGAGCAGGAGGAGAGGAGAAAGAAAAUGGAGAAGGGAAGGAGAAAGGAUGGGACGAAAAGACCGGGACGCAGGGGAGACGUUAGCUAUUUGAGGGAGCAACGGGAAGGGAGAAGGAGAGGUAAAGGUCAAAGGGCCGUGGGCGAAGGUGAGGGUGGAGGGAAAGUGGCGGGUGCAGAGGGCGACAACGAGGGUGACGAAGGAGAAGGAGAGGAAGGCCAAGACAGCACCACAGUCGCUGGAAGGGAAAGAAGCGCAGCGAAAUCCAUGAGAUUGAUGCUCAUGAAUCGGCGAACUUUCUCGCGACGGAUCAACUACGACGCCCUCGAAGCUAUCUACGGGAUGGCAUCGACCAGUGAGGAUAGCGAAUCGCGUAGCCAAACUGGUGAGGGUCGAAGCCGCAGUGUGAGCGUCGCACAAAGCGAGACUACGGCGACUCCAGGACCUGGCGGGGAACAGGAACCGCGGGAAGGAAGUAGGGAAAGCAGUGUUGUGAGCAGUACCACUAUUGGACCUUCAGCAAUCUUUCGCGGAAGAAGAGAGAGAAACCGAGGCAGUCUUGCUGCCGAGAGGAGGGAGAUGAAGAGACGGGAGAGAAAGGAUCUUGAGAAGGCAAAGAAAACUGCUGCUGCAAGUCAAGGCAGCGAGGGCGAAGCGAGCAGGUCGGUGUCGAGAAGUCGAAGUGCGAGCACUCCUGCUACGGAGGGAGAAGGGGAGGGCGGGAGAGGACGCGAGGUCAGCGGACCGAGUCCUGAACCUGAAUCUGAAUCUCAACAACUGCAACCGCGGCAGCUUCCCUCUCCACUGAGAACACAGUCUCAACAGAUACCUAGAAUACAGACCUCGACUGUCACAACGGGCCGUUCAUCCUCGGUUCCGGGAGUCAAAGUCACUGAUAGAUAUUCAACGAGGGCGCGACAAGGUGUCCCGGAAAGAAGGGUAGACGCCCAACUGGAGGAUGUGGAGAUGGACGAUGGAAACAGGGAGGAUAACGAUGAAAAUGAAGACGACGGCGAAGAAGGGGAAGAAGAAGAAGCAAGCGAUGACUCGGACGACGACGAUGGAAACGGGGACGAAGACGAAGACGAGGACGAGGACAGGGACGAGGAUGGUGAUGGUGGCGAUAAUAGAGAAGCCGACGAAGAUGUCGACGCAGCUUUCGAGGGCCGGUAUGUCGGUCGAUAG